UUAACAACAUGUCAGGGUCAAUGGGAGAGUUAUUUACCUAGCUUGUUUGUAGAUUGGUAUUUGAAUUGAUUUAAUAUAUUGCUUACUAGCUAGCUAAAUAGCUAGGUCUUAAUGAAUUGAAUAUAGCUAGCUAGCUAGCUAAGAAAACGAACACGGACUAACAGAACUGUGCCACAGCCUAUCGCAAUUCAUAAUGUCAGUCGUUUGGCUUAAUAUUUGUAGCUGUCGCAUCUUAGGAUAUCUGAGCUAGCUAAAAUUCUAAAGGAUAGCUAAGGUUUAACCUUAGCCUACGUAGCUGGUUACCUACCUUCCCAGUUUGCCAAAAUAGAUAACUGGAGCUAGCUGGCUAGCAAACAUCUUUUGAAGCUGGGGUUCACAGCGGGAGCUUUCGGUAUUUAUUUAGCUACAUAAAUUAUGGAGGGAGUUCUGUACAAAUGGACAAAUUACAUCACUGGUUGGCAACCUCGCUGGUUCGUACUGGGCAAUGGUAUUCUUUCAUAUUAUGAUUCUCAGGAUGAUGUCCGUAAAGGCAGCAAAGGAAGUAUUAAAAUGUCGGUUUGUGAAAUUAAAGUUCACCCAACUGACAAUACCAGACUGGAGCUCAUUAUUCCGGGAGAACAGCAUUUUUACGUGAAGGCUGUCAAUGCAGCCGAGAGGCAAAAGUGGCUCGUGGUUCUAGGAAGUUCAAAAGCCUGUUUGAUCGACACCAGAACGAAAAAAGAAAAAGACAUCACAGAAACCACAGAGACUUUAAAAACCAAGAUGUCAGAACUGCGGCUAUACUGCGAUUUGCUCACACAGCAGGUCCACACCAUACAGAGAUCUGCGGAUUAUGAGGAAGCUGACCACACAACAUCCAGCACUGAGACCUUGAACGAUGCCUCUUCCUUACUGAGUGCCACAUGCAAUACGUUUAUUAAGACACUGGAGGAAUGUAUGAAAAUUGCCAAUGCCAAGUUCAAGCCAGAAAUGUACCAUUCCAACUCUGCGGCCUCAGUCAUCGCUCCCGUUGCGUCUUCCCCCCUGCAUACGGCACGGAUGAAGCGGUCCAUCAGCCAUCCAGGGACAUACAGUUUUGACAGGACCAGUCACUCCCCAAAGGAGCCUGUGUCCUCUCACCAGCGGUUAGCCCAAAGGCGAUCGCGCACGCACUCCGACACAGAGUCUCUCAGCGACGGCUGCACAGAAGAAUUGGACCGACACGUCCUGUGUUCCAAAGCCCUGGUGAAUGGAGACUCCUCUUCCGUCAUCCCGGAGGAGACCAGCCCCAGCACCAGGAUCUGAGCGCCCGCCCGUCCGCCCCUCUGUCCGUCCGUCCGUCCGAGCCAUGUGAUCUCCGUCCCUUAACACACUGCUGUGCAGUCACCGAUUGCAUCACGUUACUGAUACUACGGGAAGUAGUCCUAUUUCCUGUAUGCGCAUUCUCUGCACUUUAAAUAAUGUAUGUUAAGAAAAAAAAAAAAAUCUUAUUUUAAUAUUGCCAACUUUUCUUUUUUUUGUGUUUUUAUUUUUCUUUUUAGUUUUUUUUACAUUUAUCGAUAUGCCAGAAUAUGUGUAAGCUGUGAGAUAAUGGUAUGGUUUUACUGAGUACAGUGAAAUUUGAAGACGUGAGACUCCCGUGUCUUACGCCAAAGCGCAAUGCCAAUGGGUACGUCCACUUUGGCGUGUGACGUUAACCGUGCCUGAGAGACUGGUGUUCGUACGCCUUGGCAUGCCACAGUUUGCACUCCUCACUGUAUGUAAGAGAAUGAAGUCAUGAUUUUCACGUCCACCAUUAAAACCUGCUUUAACAGUGAUUUUAGGAGAAGAAUCAAGGGGUCGACAGUAUGUUACAAUGUGUGCGAUAACCAGAACUCAUCCCUUUACGUUUGUGCAGUAGAAAGUGCCAGUCUGUUGGGCCCUGAGCGACCGCUACAGUAUAUUGUAGUUAAAUGAUCAUGAAUAAUUUUUAUCCACAAACUUCCUGUUAUGGGAAGAUUCAUUUGAAGGUAAUAUGAACAGAGCUUGAUGACCAAGUGAUGUAUGAUGUAAGUUUUGGGUCACACAUUUUUGCGCUACAUCAAAUGACAAUUAUACGAAAGUCAUAAAAAUAUAA